GAGAAAGGGACCGUCAAGAUCGUGCCGUGGUAUAAAUCGAACGAAUCGCUGCGCCGGCGUCGUUUCACAGCGAGACAGGGCCGAGCUCCUGACCGUGCGAAAAGUUUGCUGACGUCAGACGUCACAAUGGCGGAAGUCAACAGAGAGAAGCGCACGAAAACAUGGCUGUACGUCGCUUGGCAGGUUUGCAACGUGUCCAUGUCGUUAUUCUUCGCUCUUGCAACGUACGUACAGAUCAAUGAUCCCGAUGCUGGCUUAUGGAUGGUUGGUUAUGGUGUUCCUGCAGCACUUUGUUUAUUAAUUGGCGUAAAGCCUCGUGUGACAGAAUCGUUACCCUGGAGGAGGCUUGCUGAUCUCCAUGUAAUGAUUUCUAGCGCUGUUAUUGGAAUGCUGGGAUGGACACUUUACAAAGAGCGUAUCACCAACAUCUUUCAACAAGAGGAGGGAAGAGAAUUUUCUGGUCUUGCAUUGACAGUAAUUUGGCUUCUGCUGUGUCGUCACUCUGGGAGGGGACCUGUUGGGAUGCUGAGAGUGUCAGUGGCCAUUGCCAUCACAGUUUUCCCCUUCGUGACCUGGCUGUACUAUUAUGUCAAUAAGGAACUGAGCUCCAGUUGGCCAUCCCAUUGUCAAAAUGCUAUUUAGUAGCCAACGUGUUAUUUCAUUUGUAAGUAGGGUGGGCAAUUACCUUUGUCACACUGUGAAUACAAUUUUGAAUUGUGCCUUGAUCGACAAUUCUGCCAGUUAUUCUGCUUUUGUAUGUUAAUGUUAACUAUACAACAGCAACCUUGCUUGUCAAUACAACUUGUGUAAUAUUCUUCAAAUUGGAGAUUAACAAUAAUACAGAUGUUUGUCAUCAGAAGUUAAAGAAGAACUGGAUGUCUUUGAAUACUUUUGUACAAUAAUCAACAUAUAUAUUAUGUAUUAUCAUAUGUAUAAUUUUAUAUUGUAUAUUAGCCAUCUAUCAUUAGUUGUUCACAUUUAACAAAAGAAUGUUUUGAUAAUAAUCAGGUGAAGUGGAACGUCAAUAGAGUGCAGAGGAGCACCAUUUUUGUUGAUUUUUUUUUAUAAUUGGACUAAACUUUUUUUAUUUAAUACACAACGAGUUGGGUACAUGAGCACUAACUUUAAUUUUCUGUCACCUAAUCUACGCUUUGUAAAAUGAAAUAUAAUAAAUCACUUAUUCAAUCAUUUGCAUGCAAAGAAGGUUGAAUCAGUUCAUCUGGAUGUAACGUUUAUUGACAGAUAUG